GCAAUAAUACAUGGUUUAGUAAUGCACAUAGUCGUGCAGGCCGGGUUAAAGGUGCAGGUAGAGGUUUGGGUGAUCUCAUGAGUUAUUUGUAAUCAUUUCAAGUUCUCCUGUAGGUAUUUGAAUGUGCAAUUGAGUCUUUUUGUAAAGACAAUUUUAUAAGUAAAGCUCUAAAAAAAUUGUGGACGUGUACAGAGAAAAUCUUAAAAGUAGAUCAAGAUGCAGGAAUCUCAGCCGAAGAAAGGCAAGAAAGCCAGAAGAAAGCGCAAUGAUAGUGAUGAAGAUAUUGAAAAGGUCUUGGCUGAAUUGGAAUUGGAAUACACUGGACAAAAGAAGGAAGAGGAAACUGUUGCACCAGUUGAACAAAAACCUGAGGAUGAGGAGAAAAAGAAAAAAGGAAAAAAGGAUAAGAAGAAGGAUAAGGGGGACAUUUUUGAAAUUAAACAAGAAUUGAAGAGUGGUAUACUUCUUGAAGAUGAAGAUAUUGAUGAUGAGAUGGAAAUGAGUACUGUAAAAACUGCAGCACAGAAGAAAAAAGAAAAGAAAGAAAGAGAAAAACAGAAGAAGCUUGCCCAAAAGAAAGUAGAAGUUACUAAGAAGACCGAAAAUGAAGAAGAAAAGAAUGAAGUUGCACCUGAAAAGCAAACUAAGAAAGAACCAUCAGCAAAAGUGCCAGAAGCGAAGGAAGCAGUAGAUGCUGCUGUAUCUGUUGAGGGUGAAGAGGGGAAAAAGAAGAAAAAGAAGGCAGUGAAAGAUGAGAUAAAAGAGAAGGAAAAAGAUAAAGGCAAAGGUCCUGGGAAGAAAACUAUUGCUGCAAUGCAAGAGGCCUUAAAGAAAUUAAAGGAAGAAGAGGAAAGAUUAAAAAAGGAGGAAGAGGAAAGAAUAAAACAAGAGGAACUGAGAGAACAAGCUCGUUUGGAACAAGUUAGGCUUGAACAGGAGCGUAAGGAAAAGAAAAAAUUGAAAGAAAAACAACGAAAGGAACGAUUAAAAGCAGAAGGAAAGCUUUUAACAACCAAACAGAAACAAGAUAGGGCGAGAGCGCAAGCUAUGAUUAAUGCGCUUAAGGCUCAAGGUUUAGAAUUACCGGAUGUAGGAGAAAAGAAACCUAGAGCAGGGACUCGUAUAAGACCAAAUAAGAUGAAACAACAGGUGAGCAUCGACGAGAAAGAUGAUGAGAAAACGGAAGAAGGCAUAACAGAUACGGACAGAGUCGAGGUAGAAAUUGUAGAUCAACAAUCCAAAGAAUCCGAAGAAAAGAAAGACGAUGUUAAAGAUUCAUGGGACGCGGAAAGUAGCGACGAUGAGCAAGAAGAAGAUAAAUCGGACGAGGCACCAAAAACUCCUAAUAAGAUUAAAGGAACUAUUCUUCCACUUGGUAAAGCAAAACAAGUACAAACCAGAAAAGAAUCCUCCGAAAGUGAAUCGGAGAGUGAAACCGGUAGCGAAUCGGAAUCAGAUGAAAGUGAAGACGAUAGUGGAGUAGAAGACAAAGUAUCGGACGCGGCAAAGAAGAAGGAAAGAAUUAGGGAACGAAUACAGCUUCGAAGGAUAGAAGCGGAAAAGAAAAAAUCGUUAGAUAAUCUCAGAGCCUCGGUGGUAUGCGUUUUAGGUCACGUCGAUACCGGAAAAACAAAGAUUCUUGACAAAUUAAGAAGAACGAAUGUACAGGACGGUGAAGCGGGCGGUAUUACUCAACAAAUUGGUGCAACAAACGUACCGAUCGAUGCCAUUCGAGAAUCAACGAAACAUGUCAAAGGGUACGCUGACAAGAAAUUUAAAAUACCUGGACUGUUGAUUAUAGAUACUCCUGGGCACGAAUCUUUCAGUAACUUAAGAAACCGAGGAUCAUCUCUUUGUGAUAUAGCGAUAUUAGUAGUAGACAUUAUGCAUGGUUUAGAACCGCAAACCAUCGAGAGUAUUAAUUUGCUAAAGCAGAAGAAAUGUCCUUUCAUCGUAGCUUUAAAUAAAAUCGAUAGAUUAUACGAUUGGCAAACUAUGAGUCGGAAGGAUGUUCAAGAUAUCGUAAAGACUCAAGCUAUAAAUACGCAGCGAGAAUUUGAGAAACGUUCGAAAGAUGUGAUUGUACAGUUUGCCGAACAAGGCCUGAAUGCUGCGUUAUUUUAUGAAAAUCCAGAUCCUAAAACUUACGUUUCCCUUGUACCUACUAGUGCGAUUACGGGUGAGGGUAUGGGUAAUCUGUUGUCGUUGAUAGUCGAUGCUUGUCAGGGUCCACUAGCUAAGAGACUCAUGUACAGCGAAGAGCUUCAAGCGACAGUUUUAGAAGUGAAAGCAUUACCAGGUCUUGGAACUACAAUAGAUUGUAUUCUAGUCAAUGGAAUGUUGAGAGAAGGUGACACGAUGAUAGUAGCUGGCACCGAUGGUCCUAUAGUGACUCAGAUACGUUCUCUUCUUAUGCCACAACCGUUGAAAGAAUUGAGAGUUAAAAAUGCCUAUAUUGAAUAUCGUGAAAUCAGAGCUGCCCAAGGAGUGAAAAUCGCUGCGAAAGAUUUAGAGAAAGCAAUUGCAGGAUUGAAUCUCCAAGUGGCUCAAAAACCGGACGAGGUGGAGGUAUUGAAAGAAGAAAUUGCGAAAGAAUUAUCCUCCGCCCUCAGGAAUAUUCGACUCGCAGAACGAGGGGUUUACGUGCAAGCAUCAACUUUAGGUGCACUCGAAGCGUUGCUGGACUUCCUGAAAAGCAGCAAAAUACCGUACGCUGGAAUUCGUAUCGGUCCUGUUGUCAAAAAGGACGUUAUGAAAGCUUCUAUCAUGUUGGAACACGACAGUCAAUACGCUACGAUCCUAGCAUUUGAUGUGAAGAUCGAAAGAGACGCACAAGAAUUAGCCGAUUCGCUCGGAGUGAAGAUCUUCCAGGCAGACAUCAUUUACCACCUCUUCGACAAGUUUACCGCUUAUAGAGAGGAGCUGAAGCAACGUAAACGGAACGAAAACAAGCAUAUCGCCGUGUUUCCCUGUAAACUUCGUAUAUUACCACAGCACAUCUACAAUUCUCGAGAUCCAAUCGUCAUGGGUGUAAUGGUCGAGGCUGGAAUCGUCAAAGAAGGAACACCAAUUUGUGUGCCCAGUAAAGACUUUAUAGAUCUGGGCAUGGUCACGAGCAUAGAGUACGAUCACAAGACUGUGGAAUCGGCGAGAAAGGGUCAGGAAGUUUGCGUGAAGAUUGAACCGAUACCCGGAGAGGCACCCAAGAUGUACGGUCGUCACUUCGACGAGAAAGAUUUCAUCGUUAGCAAGAUAAGCAGACAGAGUAUAGACGCGUGCAAAGAGUACUUUAGAGACGAUUUGGUGAAAACAGACUGGCAGUUGAUGGUGGAAUUGAAGAAACUGUUCCAGAUACUCUAGGAGUUGCUAGACACGAUGGAAGUAUUGAGAGUAAAUCGGCGGCUCGAGUGUCUGGCGAUCGAGGCGAGACCUGCGAUCAGUAAACUCACCAACCUCAUCGAAUCUGAUCGUUGUCGAUCGUUCAAUCAAUUUGUAAUAUAUGCCCAACUUUUUGAUCUUUCAGUCGUUGUCAUUGAUAUCCGCUAAAAGAAAAAAGAAAAAAAGAAAAAGUCGUCGCACGCCUUGCUUCGAUCCCUGUGAUCCUUUUCAACGCGAUAUCCUUGUACGAGCGGUGGUUUUCCUCGAAAGAAAAACAAAUUAUUUUUCAACCGUGUUUAACCGUUUCGCUAUAAAGUUUCUCGCUUGUGCAAUGGAAACAUUUAAAAUGAUACACGCACGAUUGAUAAAAUUAUUUUACUUACGUUCUUACCAUUUAUCGGGAGAAAAUAGCCGUAGCGAAAUGGUUAAGCGAUAACAAAACGAGACUGAGAAUUCUUUUUGUCAAACCUUUUGCACAAUUUAAAUUCUUUUGAAUUGGAAUCUCCUCUUGUGGUGCAAACAGUUUAAUUCGUGGGUUUAAUUGAACUCGAUAACGCGUAAUAAAUUGAAGGAUAGAGGAAUCUAGUGCAAUUGUUGUUCCAACGUUGAUCAACGUUAAAAUUUAUUUUUAAUAGAACCCGUGUGAUAGCUUCAGCUCCUCCCCUAAAAGAUAAGUGGCUCGUUUUGAAAUAACAUCUAAACUACAACUCGGUUCCUUUUACCUUAGAUACCCAUUUCUAUGUUUCAUUUAACGAUUUUCAUAGAUUCCCAUAAAAACGUCAGAAAAUCGCAUACGAUAUAGAAUAUUUUAGCAUUUGUAUUUUUUAUGAAAAAUGAAUAAUGGUUGGGUAUGGUUAAUUCGAACGGCACUUAUUUUGAAAUGCCCUAUAUAACUGAAGAUUCCCAUAAAGGCAAACGAUUCACAAGAGCUUCGCUGUACUUAACCAUCGAGUUUAUGCCUGACACCUUAACGAGCACGUAAAACAGGAGAAACUGAAUAUCGAAUAGCUGAAUCGUUUGAUGUGUACAGUCAAAUACCGUUAGCCGUGUCUUAGAAAGAUGGAAUUGCGACCGGCGAAAUAUAUAUCGCGAUAAACAGUUCGAUAGUGCGUAAGUGUUCCACGAAUCCAAGUACAUAUUUUCGAAAACGGAAAAGGAGAUUAAUGAAAAAAAAAGGGAUAAGAUCUUUUGCGUAUAUUUUUUAAUCCGCUGUACUCUCAUAUAUCUUAUCUCUAACACCGAUGUUUGUAUUGUUUUAAAAAAAGAAAAUCCAUUUCAAACUUGAACGCAAAAGGUCUUAUGAAAGAAGAUAAAAAAUAAAAUAUAUCCGCUCUGGUUUAUCUCCAUAGAAACGUCGCAGUGUCUCGGGCUGAAUAUCCAGAAAUUAGCAUAACAGAGAAGGAAAAAGAGGGGCCUUGCGAAUUAAUUUUAUUACGACCAAUGAUCCACAACUCAAUAGCUACAUUGGAUACGCUGAGCGAAAGGAAGUGCUCAGCGUUUCCUAGUUUCCGGCCACUCUUCGAUCCCUGAACGAACCGUCGAGACGAGUCAACGAGUUUCGUCCCGUACCUCCUGUACAGGGUGUUCAAACAGUAAUAGUCAUUAGUUUUGCGAAAAGUAAAAUCAAUCGUUAAAUUAACACUUUACUAUAAUCGCAAACUUAAUCAUUGGUCGUUGAAUGACCCAACAUCCACCGUCCAAGAGUUGAAAAUAAAAUUAAAAAAUUAAUUUUAACCUUCAGUUUUGCAAAUUUCUGUGGAGGAGGAAAAAUCUUUUUAACACCCUGUACAUAGAGAUGGUUAGACGAACAAGAGGCGGUAGCUGUUUAAACGACAAAAGGGACUUCCGUCUUCUCUCUUUCUCUUCUUCCGGCUAAUUUCACGCGAAGAUAAUUCUUUUUUUCUACGUUUUUGGUUUCAGGCAAACAUGUUUAGAAUAUCAUUCUAAAGACAGCGAAUGCAUCGAGGAAAGAAAGAUAAAAGAAAGUUUUAGAUUGAAAAAUGAAGCCAUCGUAAUCUGACUAAUUACAAUUACAGCACCAUAUCGCAUGGUGUAACAGAAGAAAAUAUAAAACAACGAUAAUUACGAAGCAGGGAUUUAAUCGUUAUUAGUUAUAAAAGCAAAGAGUGAAGGCAGGUAUUCACGAUCGAUUCGUGGAAUCAGAAGCGUGUCUCGCAUAAAGUUUCCGACGUGUUUCCGGUUUCAUCGCGCGAGUAGGAAGAAGCAGAAAGAGGGACAGAAAGAGUUAGUAGGUGUAGAUAAGUGAACAGAAGAAGGAUAACGAAUGAACGAGAGAAAUAGUGUGUCUUCUGUGUGUGAGUGUGGUGGAUGCAAAAAAGGUAGAAUGCCAUAACAUUAGAAGAAAAAGAAAAAUGGAAAUGAUAUACGAGAGCCUCAUGUGUUUUGUAUAUGUACCCACUUUGUAUAAGAUAAUCGAGUGAAUUAUCGCGAUCGAAAAUAAAGACUAUACAAGUUUCACAAUAAAAAGAAAAAGAAAAAAGAAAAAA